AUUUAACGUUGUUUUGUUGACGUUGUCCUUUUUAUUAUUGUGAACUCACAUUUAAAGCCGCAUAGGAAGUGUGUUAAGUGCGGUUUGUGGUUAUUCCAAAAAUAAAUGUCAGAUAAAAAAUAUAAAAAAGGUGGAGAGCAGCAGCAAAUAGGAGUCCAGUGAAAAAAUCCAUCAAUAAAUUCCGUUCGGUGCGGUGGUCGUCAAAACGCUUAAUCUAUGUGAUUUCGGGUUCGUAUUGUGUGUGGAAAAACGCUUAACUAACAACGCUCGAUAAAACAAGUUAAACUUGUUGUUUUACGAGGCACAAAAUAUUUGAAUUUUGAUUUUUUCCAGCGUUUAUGUUUAAUGUAAUAUAAUUGUCUUUCCGUGUGCGUGCGUGUGUUCGUCGUUUGUUUGUCGUUCGAUUUGUUGAUUGUUAUUUUAAUUUGAUAUUUAUCCGACGUCUCUGUGGCUGCGGCUAGUGUGACAAGACAAAAAACAACUUUAAAUUCAAAGACCAUCGGAAUUGCCAAGUGAUUAAAGCCCCUCCCUCCUCCAGCUUAGACUAUCCAAUUAUGUAAGUCCAUUCCUGGUUUGGUGAAUGGCAGGAAAAAUCUUCAAAAUCGCUCAAAUUCUUAAGAAAUUAUCUAAAACGUAAUCAGGUGUGUUGGUUAGCGCCAGCCGACGUCGUCGUCAUCAUCAUCAACAUCAUCAUCAUCGUUUCGCAAAUAAUUUGCUCAAGUACGAAGAUAGCAGCGUAUCUAUAAGAUAUUUGUUUGCCCAAGUACCCCACCCCAACCCCAACACCAAUACUUGGAGCUCAGAAAAUGUCGCACCACAGCGAUGAUCAAUUAUUAGAAGCUGGUAGUGAAUCGUUUUGGGAGCCUGGUAACUACAAACGUACGACCAAACGCAUAGAAGAUGGAUACAAGCUUUGUAAUGAUUUGCAGCAACUCAUACAGGAAAGAGCGGAUAUAGAAAAGUCGUAUGCCAAAAGUUUGCGUGCAUGGUCAAAAAAAUGGGCAGAACUUAUAGAAAAAGGACCGGAAUAUGGCACAACAGAGGCUGCUUGGAAGGGCGUUUUGACAGAGUCGGAACGCAUAUCCGAUGUACACAUGAAAAUCAAAGAAAAUCUGUGUAGCGAUGUGAGUUCACAAAUCAAAUCAUGGCAAAAGGACAACUACCAUCACACGUUGAUGCAAAUCAAGGAGCGCAAAGACAUGGAGGACCUCUUUAAAAAGGCUCAAAAGACAUGGGCCAAACUGUUGGCUAAGGUGGAGAAGGCAAAGUCAGAAUAUCAUGCUGCGUGCAAAACAGAAAAAAGUGCCACAAACCAAGAACGGAAUGCCACCGCCGACAGUUCAUUGUCGCCUGAUCAGGUGAAAAAAAUGCACGAUCGUGUUCAAAAGACUAAAGAUCAAGUGCAAAAGUGUAGGGAGAAAUAUGAGCAGGCAAUUGCCGAGAUAACCAAAUACAAUUCUGUGUACAUAGAAGAUAUGACGUCAGUUUUCGAAAAGUGCCAAGCCAUGGAAAAGACACGAUUGAUGUUCUUCAAAGAAGUACUGUUCAAUUUACAUGCGGUAUUGGAUCUUACUAAGGUACCAAGUUUGCCUCAAAUCUAUGAAGAGUUCUAUCAUACCAUCAAUAAUGCCGAUAAUCAGAAAGAUUUGAAAUGGUGGUCAAAUAAUCACGGUGUAAAUAUGGCGAUGAAUUGGCCCGCAUUUGUGGAAUACACGGAGGAAUUCCGGGACAUAGCCAAGGGUAGUAAAUCAAAAGAGGCAUUGCCAGCAGCGCCUAUAACCUUAAUUAACCAAAGGCCGGUGAAUGAAGACUUACAUGAGUAUUCGGGUACGUCUAGUUUGAAAAAGUCCAACAAUUCGUCUACAGCGAAACCAACUGGCAAACAAGAUUCUUCCUCUACAGCUACCUCGCCCACAUCAGCAACGGCAGCAACAGCAGCGACAAAUAAAACAACACAUGCUCGCAAUUCGAGCGUAACCAGCAAUGGCAACAAAUCGAAUUCAACUGACGCCAAUCCCUUCGAAGAGGAAGAAGAAUGGGACGAAGGCGACAAUGUUUUGGUUGAUAAUGGGGAGCCAGGAGUUCCCGUGAAGGCCCUUUACGAUUACGAUGGCGCUGAAAGUGAUGAGCUGACAUUCAAACAAGGAGAUGUAUUUGAAAAACUCGAAGAUGAAGACGAACAGGGAUGGUGCAAGGGACGCAUGAAUGGCCGUGUUGGAUUGUAUCCCGCUAAUUAUGUGGAAGUCGUGCACACAUAAAUUCCACUAUGCAAACACACACACACACACCUAUACACCCGGAUACUAUCAAAAGCGCUGAUCCACCUUGUUUACUCUACUAUCCUUCAUUCAUACAGUGAGAAAAGCAAAAACAGAACCAUAAACGAACAACAAUAAUAAGCAACGGAAGCUUUUGUAGCAUUUAUUAAGUAUUAACAAUUGACCACAAAAGAGA